CUGUUGUAUAAUAGUAUUGUGAACUUGCUAGCGAGGGUACCGCAUAGCAUUGGCUGUGUGUCUGGGACGGUGCACAUCAGUCUAGAGCCGCUAGCCACCGUGCAGCUAUCCCCAUGGGCUACAGGGACACACGUGGACCCUAUGCUGUUGUAUAAUAUUUCGAUUGUAAUUCAUCUUUAUAUAAAUAUAUAUUCAAUCACUCUUUAGUAUAAAACAUACACUGACGCUGUGUUUUUAUUAAUUAGCAGAUCAUGGAUAAUAUAAAUAUUGGUAACGUCGAAAAUAUGCUGCCGUCAGCUGCUGUAUGUUCCGGUAACAGGCUGAAACGUAGGCGACCGCCCGCAGUCGUAAAGUCAACCCCCCCAAAGACAUGUGCGCAACAGCUGUUCGACCCCGCCCCACCGAUCAAUGACUCCGCAUCAGAACUAGCUGCGGCAAUAGCUGGUAUACCUGGGGUUGUCGCUUUCAAGACUCCUAUGAGACCUGCUGGUGUUAAAAUAUUGACACAUCCUGUUGCAUACAGUCAGGACAUCUGUGCACAGCUAUCAGAGGCUUUAAAGACCCCUUUGAGACAUGCUGGUGUUAAAAUAUUGACACAUCCAGUGGCAUACAGUCAGGACAACUGCACACAGCUAUCAGAGGAUUUUCAGAGCAGACCAGACCUAGCAUCAGCCCCCUGGUGUGGGAACACCCCCUCAUCAGAUGAUGACCCCCUUAGCUGUGCUCAAUUGUACACACUCUCAUCACCAAAGCCAAAGAAGAAGAAGCAGAAGAAGCUGAUAAAUAACAGAGCGGCGAUUCCAUUAUCAAGGGAUACGUCUACACUAUGUGUCGAAACGCAGACCAUUGAUAAUACAUGCUCUUCUGAGACACAAACACCUAGGGAGCCAACGACGAGAACACUUGCUACACAGACAAAGCAGUGUAUUCAAAACCGUAAAAGAUCCGUGAAAGCCUCGCAGGAGCCAACGACAACAGUUGCUACACAGACAAAGCCGUGGAUUCAAACCGUCCCCAAGAAAGCCGUUAAAAGAUCUGUGAAAGCCUCCAUUACCCGAUUCCACACCCGUACAGACCCUACAGACAUCAGCAGCAGCAGCAGCAGCAGCAGCAGCAGCAGCAGCAGCAUCAUCAACAAUACACCCAACGACAUCCUCGUCGAUGACAUUGUGAUAAAUUCAGGUUUUGACGCUCCGUCCCCACAGAUUGUGAUACAACCUAUGGUUCAUACAUCAACAGCUCUAUGUUUAAAUGACUAUGAUUUACCACUGGUUCAGGCAUCACAAGAUCUAUAUUUAAAUGCCUAUGAUAUACCAACCGAUGUGCAAGAUCUUUUAGACAACGUCUACCCAGAGCACCUGUUUGAUGGGAGGGGUGUUUGUUCCAAAGGUGUUGUCGAUAAUCAGUAUACAGAAUUGAGAGGUUUGCUUGGCGACAUACAGGGGGGCAUUAGUACGCUAAACACAUCACACAUUAACUUGGUAGCCGUCCUAUCUGACCGUCACAGGUCUGAGGAUAAAACGGUGGCCGACUUUAACACUACACUUUUAGAGGCCAUCAAUGCACACGGUAUUGGUCUGUCUGCCGACAUACACAGGGAGAUUAGUGCACUACACACAUCACUCAAUACCUUAGGCUCCGCCCUAUCUGCCCGUCACAGGGCUGAGGAUAAAGCAUCGGCCGUCGUGAGCACGAAGCUUUUAGAGGCUAUCAAUGCCCUUGGGGUUGGUCUGUAUGCCUACUACCGUGUCGAGAAUAAAACCACUAUCGAUGUGGUAAAUACCCUCGGUGUAACUCUCGGCAGAAUUGCACAACAGUUAGUCCGCAGAAGCAAUGUCAACAACACCAUCACUCGUGCUCUAAUAACCACAAAACACAAUCCUGUUUGAACAGAUGUAGACUUCUGCCGUGUUAUACCAUCCACAUCCACAGGGGGGAGCCACAGUUGUUUUAUUUUUAUAUACAAUGUCAACAACACCAUCACUUGUGCUCUAAUAACCACAAAACACAAUCCUGUUUGAACAGCUGUAGACUGCUGCCGUGUUAUACCAUACACCUCCACAGGGGGGAGCCACAGUUGUUUUAUUUUUAUAUAUAUAUAUUUUUUUGCUUCCAUUUUUACAUUUUUUUUUUUUUUACUACGCUAUAACUGUCUAAUGUAGUUUUUUCUUUGUUUCAACGGUGUUUUUUUCUUUGUUUCAACUGUGUUUGUUCACAUAAUGUCGCCACCACGUAAGGUUUGUCGUUAUAGCCCAUCACACUGUAUCAGUGGUCAGGAUCUCGCUGUUGAUAGGUUAUCAGAUACAACUGAUGAUGAUGAUGAUGAUGAUGAGCUGGCAUGCCCUAUACACACACAAAUAAAUCCUUUGGCAACUCUUGAA